AUUUUUUAAAUGGACCAUACAGAAGCCAGCCUAGGCUACUUAGUUUCCUAAUAGGCUGCACUAAUAUCAAACGAGGACAAUGUGUAAUAUUUGACGGAUACAGCUGUUUCUCGUGCCGCGUUCACGUGCUAGUCAGAACUAGGAAACUCAUUUCCGACUCACUGAACUGGGCAAAACUAAUCAGUUAGCGAGUCGGACAUUUCAGAGUUUCCUAGUUCCGGUAAGAACGUGAACGCGGUAUCAGUCAAUGAACAAGCGUGUGUUCAGACUGUCUUGUCAAGCUUCUCCGCCUGAUGACCAAUGGACAGGACAUCUACUUCAUGGGUCAUCAUGACGAAGUGCCGGGAGAUAUGCGCGUUAGCCUGCUAGUCGGAACUAGGAAACUCGGAAAUGUCCGAUUAGUGAGCUAAUCGUUUAUGACUACAACCGGUUAGUAAAUUGGACAUUUCAAAGUUUCCUAGUUAUGACUGGCACGUGAACGCGGCAUUAGCCGGGCGCAGUCAUACAGUGUGUGUAUAUAUCUGGUUGGGUGCACCUUCACCUCUGUAGGUGGCGGUACUUACUGUAAACGUCAUGGACACCUGUUUCAGAGAAUAGAGCAAGAUGGCUCCAUGGGAACCAGGAAGUAAAUAAAUGUCAUUGAAGAGAUUGAAGCAAAGAGACUCAAUAGAGCCUCGAGAAAAUCAAUUAUGACAAUUUCAAAUCGUUUGCGGUAGAGGUAUCUAAAAACAACUGGAGCCUUGCCACCACCUAUUGCUUGAAGUGUGCAUUUUGAAUGAUUUGUUUUCAACCGAGGUCUGUCUCAGCACUGAGGGGAAUGCCUCCACCAGAGGGUUCUGGUCCUAACCCUAACCACUGGGCCCUCUCAGAGUUACUGGGCCAGAGGAGGCUUGUGGUGUUGGGGGUGCUAGUAGCAUGGAUGGUCCUCUUCCACCUCCUGGUGAACGUGUGGCUCCUCUGUCUCUUCACCAGCCUGCUGGUGGUCCUGGGUGGCUGGCUGGGGUCCCGUGCUGCCCUGGAUGCCAACAGCCUGCUACACCUGGAGCACUUCGUCCCCCUGGGUAGAUCACAGCCGGCCCUCCACUCGCCUGAGAGCGAAUGGAGGCUGGACCACGAGAUCCAAAGCGCUGUGCAUAAAGCCAUCCGAGACUUUGUGUCGUCCUGGUACCACACCAUGCUGACCGAGGAGGAGGGGCUGGGGGAGUUUGAGCACAUUAUGCGGGACGCCAUGUUGGAUUCAGUGAUGGAGCUGAAGGAGAGGGCUCGGUGCGUGGACAGGAGAGCGCUGGUCCAGAGGACCUUGGAGCUGUGUGGCUGCCACCUGCAGAGCUACAUGACAGCCAGGGAGAUGAUGAAGCAGGCAGAGGCAUGGCUGGGGAUGCAGGACAGAGACAGCUCCAGCACCCCCAGCCUGUGGGAGCUCUAUAGCCAGGCAGAUGCCCCCCACCCAGCCCUGGCUAGUCCAGCCACGGAGCUCAGCUAUUCCCGGGCCGUAGUGGACCUCCUAAUGCAAGUCCUGGUCCCGUUCCCUCACCUGGAGACCAGGACAGGGAGAUACAUGGUGGGGGAGUUGAUCACCUGUAACGUCCUCCUCCCACUGGUCAGUAGGGUGUCCGAUCCUGACUGGCUCAACCUUACCAUUGUGGACUUGUUCACCAAAGCCAAAGAAUCACCGGAUGAGUCCCUCGAUGAGCUCCCUGAUACUCCAGUCCAGCUGCACAGGAGUCAGACCCAGCAGGAGCUCUGGACCCAGACCCGUUCUACCUCCUGGCUCCAGACUCCGAGAGACCAGAACGAGUCCAGCAACAGCCCCACUCCUCCCAAGCCAGCCACUCCAGACUCCCUGGAAUCCAUGGAGUCCUACCAUACGGCAGUGCCAGAUCUGAAGGAGGAAACACGGCAGUACUGCGGGGCGAUCCUACCAAUGCCAUGCAUUGGUUCAUCGAUCAAAAUAAACAGUUGUCAUGUGUCUAUGGAUCUGCUGAGGUCCUGCAGCGGUGGCAGCCGCCUGUAUCAGGUGGUGGACUCGGACCUGGAGUCCCCAUCGACAGAAUCCAAUCAGCUCUCUGUGGAGUCCCUAGACCAGAUGGACUCCGAGGAGGACCAGACAGACAGCUUCUGUGACUGUACCUCCCCUACCAACUUCUGCAGUGUGUUUGAAGACGAGCCACCUGGAUGCUUCGGCAACUUGAAGGUCCUGGGACCCAAGAUGCAGGUGUCCGAGCAGCCCCACUGGCCAGCGGGCAUGGCGGAGGAGCUGCCCCCAGGCUGCCCUGUCCCUCCGGGGAGGCUGUGUCUGACCCCCUUCAGCUUCGAACCCCUCAGCAGCCCAGAUGGACCCGUCCUUAUCCAGAACCUGAGAAUCACUGGUGCUGUGACAGCCAAGGAGCAUCGCAGCACCGGCUCACACCCCUAUACUCUAUACACCGUAAAGUAUGAGACAGUGGUUGACUCGGAGAGCCUAGGUACUCUACAACCUGUAGCCUAUCACACUGUGAACCGGCGCUACAGCGAGUUCCUCCACCUGCAGACGCGCCUGGAGGAGAAGCCUGACCUCAGGAAGAUGAUUAAGAAUGUCAAGGGACCCAAGAAGAUUUUCCCUGAUCUUCCGUUUGGGAACCCAGAUAUCGACAAGGUGGAAGUUCGAAAAGGACAGCUGGAUACCUUUCUUAAACAACUGUGUACCAUCCCUGAGACGGCCAACAGCGACGAGAUGCAGCAGUUCCUGGCUCUUCACACAGACGCCAGCACAGCCUUCGAGAAGAAACCAUUUGUUAUGUCCAGGAUUGAUAAGAUGAUGGCGAAUGCUGUAGACACUCUGAAGACAGCAUUCCCUCGUGCUGAGGACGACCUGGAUGGAGAGCCUGCUGAUGCGAGGAAUGCCCCAGAAGGAAGGAAGAGGUCUGUCCGGCUGAGGUUCUCCAGUAAAGUCGCCCCUACUCUCAAUAUACCUGAAAUCCAGCCCAGAGUCAUAUACUGCUUCAAUGAAGGGAGCACUGUGUUCCAUGGCCUGUCCCUGUCUGGUCUGGAGGGCUUUAUAAAGGACCAGGAGGCUCUGCUCUAUGCUCCCCAGGAGAAGGAGGCUGACGGGAGGAGGUUCAGCGUGUUACCUGGCAAAGACAGGAAGGGAGGUGGGGGUCGGGAGAGAAAACUACGGGGGACAGACACGGCCGUGGCAGACGUAGCUCUGAACAUCCUGUGUCUGCUGAUGAAGGACCAGUGGAGCUGGCUCUGCACUGAGAACAUACAGAAGACCAUCAGACUGCUGUUUGGCACCUUCAUUGAGAGGUGGCUGGAUGUGGGCAUGGCCCACCUGACCAGUGCUCCCUGCUGGGUGAUCUACCUCCAGGUGAUGCAGGAGGCAGUGUGGCCCGGGGGUGUCCUCCCCGAUGGGCCCCGUCCUGACCGCAGCCUCAUCCAGAGAGAAGAGACCAGGCAGCAGUGUCUGCACUGCCUUACACAACUACUACCAGACCUGAUUGCUGACAUGCUGGGUUCUGAGAAGUACAGAGUGAGCUGGGAUAUGGCACUGGCGUCUCUGCAGGACCCUAACAUCAACCGGCACCUGAUCUACUGUAUCUGUGACCUGCUGUUGGAGUUCCUGAUUCCAGAGUCUUCAGAGGAGGGCUUUCAGAGAUCUCUACUACACAGUCUCUUUGGGGACGAAGAGAGGCUUUCUGCUUCAGCUUGACGACACACCAACACACCACCCCUCUCUCUGCUCACCUGUCACUACCCCUAUCUAUUACCCUCUACCCCCUCCCAUCCUGGCUGGCUCAUCAGUAUGGUAACCGUGGUCCUGCUGGGUUAAUCAGAAUGGGACCAGAGAUUUACUGGAGCUUCUCAUGAGGUCAGAGAAGAAAGGUGAGGAGCGCGGAGGAGGGGGGAGGAGGGGGAGGAGGAAAAGGGCAGGGGAGAUAGGAGGGGUGGGAAGGCUGGGAAAUGGGCUCUUGAACUCCUUACACUUUAUAGGCAACGCUCUAAAAUGACUGAUUACACUUUAUUGAAUGUUUUCUCAAGGCACUGUGUUGGUGAUUGUGCUAAUAUUGUGUUUUAAUUAGAUGCUUGUGUAGAGAAACACAUUUAUGUAGAUAUGUAUGUACAGUAUAUGCAGUAAUUAUUGUAUGUAUUUAUUUAUAUGUAAAAUGCAGUAUGUGUGAUAUCAAUAGAUAUACAGUGGGGUCUGAAAUUAUUUGACCCCCUUGAUAAUGAUGAGCAAAAAUGACUAUAUAAAAUAAAUCAAAUACUGAGCUACUGUAUAUUUUAUGCAAAUAAAUAAUUGGGAAAUUAUAUUAUUUUAUACUAAUACAAUUGCUCAGAGAAA